AUGACAGAGAAACACAAGGAAGCAGAGGAGGCCCACCUGCCCAACACAAUGGGUGUCCCAGUACGAGCCGGGAGCACCGGGGAUCCUGAAUUCACCCUCUCUUCCCCUGUGGUCACGCAUAUGGAACGGAGCCAAAACUGGGGCUGGAUGGUGUCCGGAAUCAUCUGUCUGAACAUCCUGAUUUUGGGCUGUGCGCUGGUCAGUGGCAGCGCCUACGAAGACAUUAAUAUCAGCACGGAUCACCUGCAGAUUUAUCUCAUCGUCCUUCUGAUCCUCACCACUGCAUGGAUCAUUUACUUUGCCGUCUACACCGCGAGACAGGAAAACGCAAUUGUGUACCAAGACUCCCAUGCAGGACCCAUCUGGCUGAGAGGUGGUCUGGUUUUGUUUGGAAUCUUGAGUUUCAUCAUGAAUAUUUUCAAGAUAGCGAGCUACGUGGGUUACCUCCACUGUGACUCUGCUGUUAAAGUGGCCUUCCCUGUCGUCCAGAUAGCAUUCAUAACCACACAGACUUACUUGAUGUGGUUUCAUGCCAAGGACUGUCUUCAGGUGCAAAAAAACCUCACACGCUGUGGAUUAAUGCUAACCCUUUCCACAAACCUAGUUAUGUGGAUGACAUUGGUCACAGAGGAAUCGCUCCAUCAAACAAUACUUCCUGAAUAUCAACAAAAUGAGAGCAAAUCUCUUGGACGGAGCUCUUAUAUCUCCAAAGCAGGUUAUGGCGAUGACAAGUGCUCAUGCAGCCACACAUCAUGCAGCAUCUUUAAGGAAGCCUACUACUACCUGUACCCUUUCAACAUUGAGUACAGCCUCUUCGCCUCCGCCAUGGCUUACAUCAUGUGGAAGAACGUGGGGCGGGUAGCGGACGAGCACAGCCACCACCAUUUCAAAUUCCGCCUUAGAGAAGUUGUCGUCGGCCCCGUUGCCGGAGUCUUGCUCGUCAUCUCAGGCAUAGCCACGUUUAUUGUAUACGAAAUGGAGAUGAAAAUUUACAGCUACGACAGAGACGAUUUGAUGAACGACCACGCCCUCAUGAUCCACUUCGUAAUGAACAUAGUGAUAGUUGCGUUGAUGUCCCUGGCCACUCUCCUCGGCUGUGUCAUUUUUAAACUGGACCACAAGAACCACGUGUCGGAGAAGAACCCCACACGAAGUUUGGACGUAGGCCUUCUUGUUGGGGCUUCACUAGGCCAAUUCAUCAUCAGUUACUUCAGUAUUGUAGCAAUGGUAGCGACAGGAGCGAACGGUCACCUGAACAGGCUCAAUCUGGCUUGGUCAAUAAUCAUGGUCAUUCAGCUCGGCCUCCAGAACUUCUUCAUAAUCGAUGGACUGCACCGGGAGCCGCACUUGGAGAUCCAUCUGCCCACAACUGUUGAAAACCCAUACCUAAAAGAGAAUGACAAGACUCAGAACGAAUGCAUGGAGUCAGACUUGGACAAAAGGAUGCCGGCUGCACUUGAGCAUAAGCACAAACUAUCCUGGAAGAGACGAGUUGUGAAGGAGGUCUGUGCCUUUUUGCUGCUGGGAAACAUCAUUCUCUGGAUUAUGCCUGCCUUUGGUGCUCGCCCCCAGUUUGACCACGACACUGAACUUAAAUUCUACAAUUUCAACUUGUGGGCGGCAGUAGUGAAUAUUGGACUUCCUUUCGGCAUCUUCUACAGAAUGCAUUCAGUCGCAAGUCUGUUUGAAGUGUUUUUGCGUUCAUAA